AGGUUAUGAAAUCUGGGGAAUGCCCAACUAUCUUGUAUAUCACAUCAUUUAAGAAUGAGUGUACUUUUGUUGUAUGAUGUCUUAUCUCUCUUUCUUUAGCAGGUUUUGUGCCUGACGAUCGACCCCUUCUCUAUCACUAAUCCAACCCUCCCAUCCUCGUCAUUAUUGCUCUCUACCUUGCUAAUCUCCUGCUUUUCUUUAUUAUAUGUUCCUUUGCAUCAACCUUUGUUCGUUAUUCCGUUGUUCUCUUUUUUUUUUCUUCUUACCUUUACAUCUAAACUUCUUAUAUAUUUCUAAUGGCCUCUUUCAACAUCCAAAAGACUUAAACCAAGAAGAGCGCAGAUAUCCCGGCACUAUCAUACAGAGCAGGGACGAUUACAUUUGUAGAAAAAGAACAAAGGGCCUUAAUAAUUGUAAUUGUAGAUACUACGCUUUACUUAACAUAUUAGACUCUAAAAUAUACACCACAUUUGUCAAAACCAAGAACAGUAAAGAUCCAGCUAUACUUGUAUUAGAGACGCGUGCCAUUGGACAAAAGAUGGCUAGGCAAGAAAAAAAAAAGAGAGAGCGCGCGCUCGCGUCUUUGUCUGAGUAUAGCGUUGCGGGCAAAGGGAACUUAAAAAAAAAGAAGGUGAAUUUACAUGUGUGCUACUAUACUGCUGCUGUUACAACUGCCACUUUAAGAGAUAAUAAUUAUCAUGAAAGACUCACGCUCAACGCCCCCACGGCAGCAGAAACAACCACAACCACAACAGCAACAGCCUUCCCAGAAACGAGCAUUACCCCCGCGACACAGUUUUCUCACUGAGGCAGUUCAAACCGCUCUCGAGAGGCAAUCGAGUAAGGAAAACGAAUCUGUGGAAGGGAGUGGAAUAAAACAGAUCUUACAGAAG